AAACAAUUUCGUACAAUUUGUUCAUGUUAAGCUAUCAUCAGAGUGAAUGUUUUAGGAUCUUAUUAUUUUGUUGCACGAAGUUGUUUGAUAAUGACAUAUCGAAGUCCAUAUGGAAGUAAGUAAGAAAUUAUCCACAAUCUACAAGUGGUUGCUCUUGGCUAUCGGAUAGUGUAUCAGAAAUUGAUAAAUGAGGUAUUAGAAGUACUUUUAUCAGUAGUUUACCUUUACUACCAGUGGAUGUAAAUUAAUAACAACUAUCAGUUACUUCUCUCAAGUCCAACGGUGUUGAUAAAAAAAGGGAUCAUGGAUAAUAAACAAUAUCAGGUCAAUCCGAUAGCAGAAAAUGGAAAAACAAAAGGUUUCAAGUUUGGAACUCGCCAUGCCCAAGCCCUGCUCAUGUUUUUCCUCUUAACAGUGGCUUUUGCCAUAAGAAUAUGCUUAUCUGUUGGAAUUGUAGCCAUGACCGACACGACUUCGAGCUUCACACCGACGUACGAUUGGGACAACAAAAGUACAAUCAUGUCGUCGUUCUUUUGGGGCUAUAUGCUGACCCAAAUUAUUGCUGGACAGAUAGCAAAAAAUUUCGGACCUAAAAUACCACUUUGCAUUGCCAUGACCAUAUGUUCAUUAUUUACAAUUUUGAUUCCGACAAUGGCUCAACUAGGGUCUUAUGGUGUGAUGAUAUGCAGAGUGAUACAGGGCAUGACCCAAGGGUUCUUCUUUCCUGGAGUGGCAAAUCUACUUGGAAAAUGGGUACCGCCAUCAGAAAGAUCGAGAAUUGGCACCUUUGUAUAUGCAGGUUUUACCUUUGGCACAGUCAUAUCCAUGCCUAUAACGGGAUGGUUUUGUAAUAGUCCCUUAGGGUGGCCUUCUGCCUUUUACUUUUUUGGCAGUUUAGGAUUGGUUUGGGUUGGAGUUUGGUUGUUCCUAGGCGCCAACAGUCCAUCAGAGCACAAACUGAUAAGGCCCGAAGAAAGAGAUUAUAUCGAGGCUUCCCUCUCAAAGAAAGAAGAACCAAAGGAUGUUCGCACACCAUGGUUGUCUUUCUUAAAAUCGUUACCGUUGUGGUCGCUCUUGUUGACCCAUAUGGCACAAAACUGGGGUUUUUGGACUUUAGUCACUGAAAUUCCUAUCUAUAUCAAUGCCAUGUUUGAUUUGGACAUUUCUUCGAACGGAUUACUAUCAGCAGUUCCAUACUUAGUCAUGUGGAUUUCCACAUUUGGGUACAGCAGCUUGGCGGAUUAUUUAAUAAACAGGGGUAUUCUCCGAACAGGGACAGUAAGAAAAAUCUUGAACAGUAUAGGAUUGUAUGGCCCAGCUGUAGCUCUAAUAUUUAUGUCAUUUUUUGGAAAUUCGAGUUUAGCUGUUACGAUGUUGUUACUAAUUUUGGCGGUAGGACUAAACGCAGCAACCGUGAGUGGCUUCAACGUAAAUCAUGUCGAUUUGUCACCAACCCAUUCCGGUACCCUUAUGGGUAUCACAAACGGAUUCGCAGCGUCCAUGUCAUUUUGCGGUCCCCUUUUGGUUCAACUUGUCGUGACCAACGAAGAAGAUCACGAACAGUGGAGAAUAAUCUUUCUUACAGCAGCAGCCGUCCAAACGUUAGGAAACACGUUGUUUGUGUUAUCUGGCUCUGGAGAUGUUCAAAAAUGGGACCCCAGUUAUGAUGAGGUGCACCGAAGAGAAAGCAAUAAAGUUAACAAAAAUACUCAGUAUGGAAAUAACGAAAAAGUGUGAUAUGUUUUUUGCAAAUCUAGCAACAAAAUAUGCAAUAAUAAUUGGUACUUGACUGAUUACACCAAUAUAAAUCGAACACUUUCGAUUUUACCAUUCAUAGAUACUGUGUGUCGACAUUAGUAUCCUUCCUUAUAUAAAUUUAUUAUAAUUAAUUUUGUACAUGUUAAUUAGUAUUAAUUAAGUCCAAUCUGUAAUAAGGAAACAUUUUGUGAAUGAUUAAAUUAAUACACAUAUAUUUUUAAU